AACAGUUUGUUGCCGAAAUCAAAUCGGCGAGGAAAAAAGGGGAUUCUUCUUCUCUCUCUCAGUUGGGUUGUUUCUUCCAAGUUUCAACCAAAACGAUCAGAUAGAAGAAAUCUUAGAGAAAUCGGAAGCUUCUCUCUCUCUCGUACUCUGAGUUUUGCUUCGGUGAACAUGAAUUGCGAAGUUUGUCAGCUUAAGGAACUGGAAGUGGAAUCCUUCGAGAUACGCGAAGUUUUGCGCUGCAUUCUACACACCAUUGUCUUUCAUCGUGCGCUUGGUCUUAUCCGCCCUAAAGAUAUUGAUUUGGAGCUUUUUGAGAUUACAUACGUGCAGUGCGGUGAAAUCGAAGUGGAGAAGAAAAUUGAUGAAAAGGUUGACCAAUUCAUUAGCUGGAUUGAGAAACACCCGAACAAGAAAAGUCAGAUAUGUCUAUCAUUUUAUGAAGUCAAAAGCAAACAGCCGUCUUGGUUCACCAACAAAAUCGAACGGUUGUACUGGGAACAAUGGUACAUCAAUCUUAAUGUGCUUCAGCCCACUAAGGCUCCUGUCGGCAAGUCCCACCAUUCUAAACUAGUUAUGGACCCUGGAGAGGCGUCUGAGGAGAGAAGUUCUCGUAGGACACUGCUUGAGCAAUCCCUUCAAGAAGUCUUAUUCCAAAUCAUAAAAUUCGUGAAUGAGAAGAAGGACCAUGUUCCUCCCAUUAACGAUGGUGUAAUCUACUGCCCUUUUGAGAUCACUAUCCCAAGCUCAUCGGACUCAGCAUUUGGGAUGGAUAUGUUCAAGAGGAUACUCCACAGUGGCCAUCCAUCCAUGCUCGGCUAAUUCCAUUUUCUACUCAAUUUAGAUAUUUAUUGUGAAUAAAUGAUGCGUUGUUUCCCAGACUUCCAAAGUAUCUGAGGCAAAACAAGACAUGUUUUCUCUGUCUUUUUGUAGUUUCGUUUAGAUGAUGAUGAUAAAAUAUACAGUAUAUAUAUCCUCCUUCUUGAACAUAUAUUUUCUCUGUUUUUUAUAAUCUUUAGGGAGAACAUUUUCAAAAGUAUUUUCAAGGUAUAUCUAUAGCUUUAUAGCAUUCUUUUAUUUCCACAAAGAUGUUCUCAGUUAA